AAGUGUGAACAUGCUGGGACGGCACCCUGCGCUCCUCGCCCUCUGGCAGCUGGGGAAGGAGACAGGAACCUAGCCACAGCCGCCGGGAGAGAGGGGUGAGCCUCAGCCGGGGGAAGAGGCACCCAGCGCUGGAGCCAGGGGAUCCCCGAUCUUCCCAAGGUGCAGUAAAGUGGGAAGAAUGAUCCAGAUUUAAAACUGCGGAUUGUGGCAGGAGUUGACGAAGGAGCUGAAUUCACUGAUAAGUCCUGAGGCCAAUUCAUGCAACUCUUACUCAACCUAAAGACAGACUGAAGUCUUUUCAGAAGGUUAUUUAAAGAGUUGCAAGUUCACAUCCUUACGUCUGGGUUGAAUCGAAGGUGGGAGAAAAACAUUCUUUCAUUCUGUUUGGACUCCCUGUUUACAGAAGAGAGAUGGAGAUACUAUUAAGCACAAAAAGGAUCAAUAUAUGUCUGCUUUUCUUUGUAUUAAAUUUGGCAGCAGGUAUUGAAAUACCAUUAUCAGUUGCACAGGUUCCAACAAUUACAGAGCAAUCCAUGACGCAAGUUGCAUACCCUUUCGAUGAAGACUUUACAAUAAAAUGUGAAGCUAAAGGAAAUCCACAACCCAUUUUUAAUUGGACUAAAGAUGAGAAACCAUUCAAUCUACUAUCCGAUCCCAGGAUAAUUGCAUCCGAAAAUUCAGGAACAUUUGUGAUCCAAAAUCAGGGGAUCAUAGCUGAUUUUCAAGGGAAAUAUCGUUGUUAUGCUUCAAAUGAACUGGGAACUGCCAUGUCAGAAGAAAUUGAAAUAAUAGUUCCAAGUGUACCAAAAUUCCCAAAAGAAAACAUUGAGCCAAUUGAGGUCGAGUAUGGUGAUGCUGUGGUUUUGCACUGUAAUCCUCCCAGAGGAAUUCCGCCUUUGCAUAUCUAUUGGAUGAAUAUUGAUUUACAACACAUUCCACAAGAUGAAAGGGUCUCUAUGAGCCUUAAGGGAGAUCUGUACUUUGCAAAUGUGGAAGAAAAUGACAGUCGAAGCGAUUAUUGUUGCUUUGCAGCAUUUCCCAAGCUGCGGACAAUUGUACAGAAAAUGCCAAUGACGCUGAUGGUUACACGUAUUAAACAUACUAAUGACUCAAGCUCAGCUAAUGCUGCUGUUACUAAGGCUAAUUUCAUCAAGGAAAGAAAACCCAAAAUAGUGAUACCACCCGAAUCUUCUGGUAGCAGCUCAUCAGUUAUUGUCAUCAAAGGGGGAGUUCUUCUGCUUGAAUGCAUUGCUGAAGGGCUCCCAACUCCGCAUCUUAACUGGAUCAAGGUUGGUAGAGAUUUGCCCAAGGACAGAGCAGUGACAGAAAGUUUUGGAAAGAUUUUGAAGAUAGAACAAGUAUCUGCCGCAGAUGAAGGCACUUAUGAGUGCACAGCAAGCAAUUCUGUGGGGAGAGCGAAACAUGAGUUUCAAGUUCACGUGGAAGGCAGGCAACCAGAGAGGAAGAACAGCCUUUCAGAACCUCCUCGGUGGAUAAAGAAACCCACAAGUGAUGUUUACAGCAUAGAGUCAACUGCUUUGCUAUUGUGUGAAGCUACUGGCAAGCCUGAGCCAACUAUAAAGUGGAGACUUAAUGGAAUGCCUAUUGAUAAAAGGACCUAUAGGGGCAGAGUCUCUGGCGGGGAGGUCAGCAUUACCAACCUACAACUGCAGGACAGCGCUGUGUACCAGUGUGAGGCAACUAACAAGCAUGGCACCAUCCUUGCCACUGCCAAUGUGAAUGUUUUAAAUAUUGCUCCAUUAGUGCUAACCUCAAAUAGUGAAGACUACGCCACCGUUGUUGGUUCCAAUGCUUUCUUGCACUGUCAAGUUUUUGCUUCACCUCCUGCUGUCAUUAGUUGGAUGAGGGACGACAGCACCAGGCCACUUGAAGGUCUGCGGUACACUGUAUAUGAAAAUGGCACCUUGGAGAUCAGAGAGACAAAGAAAGAAGAUUCUGGGUCGUACACUUGUUGGGUGACAAAUGUGCGUGGAAAAAGGGCAAUCACUGCCAAUCUGGGUAUCAGAGAUGCUACAAAACUUGUUGUUACUCCUGAAAACCCUCAAGUGCUGAAAUCACAUUCAGUUUUAUUGAAAUGUCAGUCUGAAUAUGACUCACACUUGAAACAAAGUUUUAAAUUAUCCUGGAGGAAAGAUGGAGAUGAGUUCCAAAUCAACGGCACAGAAGAUGGCAGGAUAAUUACUGAAAUGGAUACAUUGUUCAUAUCAAGUGUGACAUUCGAGGAUCAAGGCGUUUACACCUGUGUGGCUAGUACAUCCCUGGACAGUGUCACAGCUGAAUCCCAAUUAAUUGUCCUUGAUGUUCCUGACCCUCCAGAAGAGCUGCUUCUCUCAGAAAAACAGAACAGAAGUGUUAGAUUAUCCUGGAAAGCAGGAGACAGUCACAACAGUCUCAUUUAUGAGUCCAUUGUAGAAUUUGAAGCAAAUCGUUGGGAGCCUGGGAAGUGGCAGGAACUCUCAAGAAUCUCAGGGAACAACACAACCGUUGUUUUAUCAUUGGCUCCUUAUAUAAGUUACCAGUUCCGUGUUAUAUCCGUUAAUGGUGUUGGAAGAAGCAAGGCUAGCGCAUCAUCAACACGCUAUGAAACACCUCCCACUGCUCCAGACAAGAACCCAGAAAACAUCCAAGUCGAAGCUUCUGAACCAAAUGAAAUGGUUAUGAAAUGGGAGCCAUUGAAACCCAUGGAGCAAAAUGGACCAGGACUGGAGUACAAAGUCAGCUGGCGACAGCAGGGAGUCGAGACAGACUGGAAUGAGGAAACCGUGAAAAAACAUUCCUUGACAUUGAGGAAUACGCCUACCUUUGUGCCUUAUGAUAUCAAAGUCCAAGCUGUAAACAAUUUUGGAUCUGGUCCUGAACCAAAUGUUACCACUGGAUAUUCAGGAGAGGACAUUCCAGAUGCUGCUCCUUCAAGUGUAACGGUGGAAGUGAUGAAUAGUACACUAGUUAAAGCGAUCUGGUCCGGCAUUCCAAGAGACCGCGUUCGUGGACACUUAAAAGGAUAUAAGGUCAUUUGGUGGAAAACAAGGAGUUUGCUGGAUGGAAAACAACAUCGCCCAGACAAACACUUCCUAACAUUUACAGGAGACAGAAACUAUGGCAUGAUUCCUGGUCUAGAGCCAUUUAGUGAAUUUCACUUAACCGUUUUGGCUUUCAAUGCAAAAGGAGCUGGACCUGAAAGCUCUCCAACCAUAUUCCAGACUCCAGAAGGAGUCCCUGAACAGCCACAUUUUCUAAGAAUACUAAACUUUGAUAAGGAUUCUGUCACUUUGUCAUGGGGUCUUCCCAGAAAACCAAAUGGCUUCCUUACCGGCUACAUUUUGCAAUAUCAGAUAAUAAAUGAGACAGAUGAGAUUGGAGCACUGAAUGACGUCAAUAUUACAAACCCUUCGACUUUCAGCUGGAGGUUUUCAAAUCUGAGCUCCAGCACCAAGUAUAAAUUCUAUGUGAGGGCCUGUACUAUAAAAGGCUGUGGGAAACCAAUCACAGAAGAAGGACUAACAAUAACAGAAGGCAGUAAAGGGAUCAGGAAGAUUUCAGAAGCAGUAAAUCCCACCCAAAAGUUUCACCCCAUUGAGGCACUUGAGCCCGGAACUGAAUAUACAGUUCGUCUAGUGACUAAGAAUUGGGUUGAUAACAAUAGCAUUUUUGAAGAUGUAAUUGAGACGAGGGAGAGAGCUUAUGCCGGCAUUUAUGAGGGAAUUUCCACCCAAGGCUGGUUUAUUGGACUGAUGUGUGCCAUUGCUUUGCUUACCUUAGUGCUGCUAACGAUGUGCUUUGUCAAAAGAAAUAAAGGAGGAAAAUACUCAGUGAAAGAAAAAGAGGAUUUGCAUCCAGAUCCUGAAGCUCAAUCAAUUAAAGAUGAGAUCUUUGGGGAAUAUAGUGACAGCGAUGAGAAGCCACUCAAAGGCAGCCUCCAGUCACUUAACGGGGACAUUAAAGCUACAGAAAGUGCUGAUAGUUUGGUAGAUUAUGGAGAAGGGGACCAAGGGAUGUUUAAUGAAGACGGUUCAUUUAUUGGCGCUUACGCUGGAUCUAAAGAAAAAGGAUCAGUCGAAAGCACUGGAAGUUCUACAGCAACAUUUCCUCUCCAUGCAUAAAAUAUUAACAUAAAUGAUUAAUUUCAAAUUUCCUUAUUUAUCUUGACUAGUAAUCAACUAUUACCAUAUAUGAUCAGAAGUAGGUUGCAGAAUGAAUCAGUCAGGACCCCAACCUCCAGGUAAUAUGGGAAUUAGUCGCUGCUAUCAAAAGAUGAUUUUUGAGACUCCUCAGUCCUGAUUGUUCAGGUGUUUUCAUUCUUAAAGAACAGGUGAAUAAUACUCUCAGAUUAAUAUAUACCACUCAGUCUGACCAAAACCACAGCUUCUCCGUGUUACAUAUGUAUAUAGUUACUUGCUACCCUACGUGUUUCUCUAUAUAACUUUCUCUUUCAUGUAAGCUUUGUCAUUUGUAUAUACGUUUACAUCCAGUAUUCCCUAAUAUAUAAUGACCUUAACAUUGUGGAGGUCAGAAGGUAGUCGGAGUGGGAGAAGGGAGAUUACUUUAAAAAUUAACACCAAGAAAAAAUAAUUGAAAACACUAUAGAAGUACAUUCCAUAUAUUAUUUAAUGUUCAUGAAGAAAAAGAAAGUCUGUUUAAGUAAUUCUAGAAUUAAUGGCUACAGCUUAUUGCAAUUACUUAGAGAAACAGCUUUAUCCAAAAAUAAUUUGAUCUCAAACUUGCUCUCAAAAGAAACAGGUUCUGAUCUGGUGUCUAUAUCUUCUCUUCAGUAGCUGUCACUCUUUCCUUAAACAAGUUCAGUUACACUAGUUUUCCUUUGGCAGAGGAUAACGAGGCUCAUCUCACAUCUAUUCUAUGUGUCAAAGAAGCAGGAUCAGGUCUACUAAAAAGGCCACCUGAAUCUGCCUCCCAAGAUCCUUGAAAGCUGCAUUUCUAAACAACUUUUUUUUGUCUGCCUUCUGUCUGUAUAUUUGUAUGCCAGCAUACAUUUCAGGAAUGCAUUGUACAUAUUAUUUGCAAUUUUGCAGUAGUGAUGUUGGUCCCAGGAUACUAGAGAGACAUGGUGGGUGAGGUAAUAUCUUUGUUUUGUAUCAGUUUCUGUUAGGGAAAGAGACCAACUUUUGAACUACACAGAGUUCUUCAGAAGACGACGUUGGUCCAAUAAAAGACAAUCCACCUGGUCUCUCUUGUACAUAUUAUAUUAAUAUUUACAUAACUGAAAACACAGACUGGUUUUAUUUUGAAGUGAGAAAUGAUCCUAGCAUGAGUCUGUAUUGCUAUGUAGAAAAAGAGGGACAAGUUGGGUAUAAAACAGUCGUAGAUUAGCUUUUCCUCUUUCUUUUGGAUAAUACUUAAAAAAUCAUUGUUUCUCCAAAAAAUAAACCCUGAAUAUUUAGGUAUUUUUUUAAAAAAAAAUUAUUUUCACAUCCUGCAUUGUUUCUUUUUCAAAAACUGGAUUACGUUAGAGUUUCUUUUCUAUAUGAUUUACUGAAUAAGGUUUAAAAUUUCCAAUGGAGCUGUUCUUUUCUUUGCUACUCAUUCCCAUUACAAACUCAGCAAAGCUGCACUGUGCACAUUUGGCGUUUUUAUAUUUUGUCUCCCAAUUAUUUUAAAAUGUUUUUUGUUUUUUGCUUUUGUAUUUUGUUAACUUCAGUACAGUGCAAAUGUUCCUUGCAGUUCUAUGUUGUUCUUCUUGAAUGGUUGUAUCUGCAAUUACAAUACAUUUCAGCCAUUGUUAGAAGGAGAAAUCUUACUAUAUAAAAGCUAAUUCCUGCAAAAUCUUUUAUACAUGAGUAGUCCUUAGACAAAUAGAUCCAUUGAUUUCAUUGAAAGUACUUCAAUGGAAAUAUAGUUUAAAUAAAGACUACUCACAUGCGUAUGGGUUUGCAGGCUCAGACCCAGAAUUACAACAUUAUAGCUCCACGAUGCACAUUAUUAUAUUAUAAUUAUAACACUGGUUUUAAUUUUAUACAAUACCUAAGGAACCAGCUCACAUUCACGUACUUAAAUGAAGCAGCUUGAGUUUCAAAAUGCUCAACAACCAUUGAAAACAAUGGAGCUGUUGGGUGCUGAAUCCUUUUGAAAACCUGUCCCUAAAUCUACCAUCUAUUUGGAAUAAAGGCCAAUUGGACUACUUAUAUGUGGCUUGUAGGAGUAUGAUAUGGUCAUAGGUUAAAAUAGUUAGCACAAUAUCCUGUAUUAUUAGCAGGUCAGAUCCCUAAAGCUGGGAGAAUUUGACAAAUGUCUCACUAUUGCAGUGUUUGUUUACUUUAUACAGUUAAUUCAACUUGUUCACUGAAAAGGAACUGGUCAGCUUUGGGGGGAAAAAAGAAUCUCACACACAUGGCGUCUAGCAGGAAACUGAAACCUUACAUCCUGUUCCAAGUCACAUAAGGUGACUUUUUUCAGGACUCCAGAUUACUCCGAAUUACCCAACAGGAUGAGUGCCCAUUGACACUAGUGCAUGAGAACCUGAAAGUGAAAUAAUCUGAGAAUUGACCAGACUUGUGUUACAAUUUUCAAUUUGUUGCUAGUCUGUUCCUAAUCCAUUUCACUUUUAGGGUGCUCUGCACUAGCACAUAGCUGCAAUGUUUGGGUAGUAGAGGACAGUUUCCUUGCCUUCUCAAUUAUUUCCACUGGAUAUAUUUUUUUAAAAAUAAAAAUUGAAAUGGUUCUAUUGCCUUGGAUUUUGUAAAUGUUACAUUUAGUCUUUUCGUCUUCUCUUCCCAUCCUCUAAAGAAACUCUUAAUAGGACAAGGAGGGCCCCUAGUUGCCUUAUCCUGCAAGCCAGAGUAAUAAGUUCCUAACUACCACUGCUCCCAUCCACAAAUUACUGGCCUUUCUAGUUUGUUUUUAAUGGUCCGUUGAGAAGCCAGAAACUCUCUUCUUCUCCCCUACUGCUGUGCCAACUUCUGUAGAUGGCACAAAAUCCUCAGAGAGAAAUUUGAUUAUGGAGGAGGGAAAGGUCCAGGGUAGGGUAUUAGCGUGUCUUAGGUAAGAACUCAAUUACAGGAAUCUGCCUUCUCCUUCUGCUCCCCAUAGCUACUCCUCUGUGCAAAGGGUUUGGACCUCUUAUAGGGGCAAACCUUUUAGGAUUGUGGGCCACUGCCAUCUGCAAGUUUGGAUUUCUGCUCACACAUUAGGCACGAUAUGGCUCAUUAAAAGUCAGCAACGAUAUGCAUUUUUCUUGCAUUUACAGGCUGUUUGGUUUAACUGGCGUCAUAGUCCCAGAAACAUCUAUGUUAAACAGACACAAAUUUCAAACCAUGUUAGUGGGCCAUCCUCUUAUCAAAUAAUGAAUAAACAUCCUGUGCUAUCACUUGCUCAUUUGUAGCUUAAAGUUGCUGACGACAUUCCUAAGAUGUGCUAUUCAUCUGUGUCGGUACGAGUACUUUUUCUAUUAUUUUUUUUAUUCAGACUCUUAAAUCUUAAUAUUUGUGAUUCAUUAUUCCUCAGGGCCUAAAAAUCACACUGUGACAAAAAGAUGUGCAAUGAAAUUUUUUAAAUGUGCACUGACUUUUUAGGACUCUGCCCAAUGAAUAUUAAACAAAUGUCUGAAAUUCCCAGAGAUUCUUGUCUCUGUCUAGCUCCAUUCUCUUUCUUGAGUAAUUUUUUUUCAGCAGGGAUUUUUUUAAAGGCACCAUUAUGUCUACUUUAUAUCCUGGAAUGUGCAGAAGAUUAAAAUAUGCUUCCAAGAGAGAUGUCAUUUUAAAAGCAAAACAAUUUAUAUUUUUGGAGCCAGUUUUUCCUUUUGUUCAAAGCAGGCCAGUUCCAUUCGUUUCAGUGGGGUUUGCUGUAGAGAGGGAGGAUUUUUGACACUUACGUUGCAUUUAAAGUAUUAGCACCAUAAAUAUAGUACCAUAAUUAAGAGCACAGGUAUUUCUGAUAUUUUUCAGUAGUGCUUGAAAUCCUCUUAAUCAAAUAACAUUUUGGAAAUCUGUAAUGGUUUUUCAUUUGUUACAUACAAAAAACCCCUCCUACGUUAACUUCUUAUUAAAACUGCACACACUGAAUGAGACAGGGGUCUUGUGAAAAAAAUGCCAUGUGAGCAUGUAAUAUAUAUAUCAUAAUACGUACACACACGAAGGCUGAAUUAAGGUUGCAACUG